GGGAGAGGGGAGAGGGCAUGAGAUAAACCGUGGUAGAUUCAGAGGCAGUUGUUGGAUUGGCAUGGCUGUGUGCAGCUCAGCACUGCCAUCUAGAUCCAUGAGGCUCCUGGCUGGACAUUUGGAUUCUCUCUGCACAGCAAGACAGCCUUGAAACGGUGCUGGCUGUGCUGUGUUUUCACAGCAUGUUGCAGGGCAUUGGGAGUUAGAGAGGUGAUAAUAACGGGGGACAACCUUACUGCACACUUGAGCGAUGUUCCGUGAGCCUCUCUCUCUCUGUCUCGUCUCAGACCGUUUCUACACAAAGACCUGGGACUAAUGGAGGGAUGCCAUGAUGUUGCUCUUCGCUUGUCAUGCUUGAAUCCCAGCUUCAUAUAUCCUUUUGUGUCAGAGACCGUGUUGUCUUUGUCUGUCACUGCCGCCAGAUCCACCGUGGGGUAGCGUGGCGGACAGAGCCCCCUCCUCAACCCCCCUCUCCCUUGUCUGUGCCCCUGGCUUCUCAUCACUCCAGGCUCGCUCGUGUCUAUUUACCUCUCUUAAGCUACCCUCCCCUCUAUGUUAAGCUCUGUCUUUCUUGCUCUCCCGGUUCCUACUGCUUACCCUCUCCCUCUCUUUAUUCCUUCAAAGCAGACAGUGUGCUAUUCUAUCCCAGAAGCUUGAUAUAUGAUCUCCUGGAAAACAGUUUCGGCCACUGUUCUGCCGCCUCACAAUUCCUUCGCUAUUUCAGAUUUCCAUCUCUACAACGGCAGGAUGUUCCUUCACGAGGAUUGAUCCCCAUCCACCCCCUUUCAUUUCCCCCUUCCCCUCCCUUGUCCUGAUCUCCUGCCCUCUGACCCUCACCCUCUUGUUCUCUGCCCCCACCCUUCCUCUUCUAUUCGCAAUCACCCCGAGCCUCUUUCCCCCAUAAAUUCAUUUCACCACUUGACCAUGUUGCCAUGCAUCUGCUGGCUCCAACGUGUCCUCAUCUUGCUGUCCUCUGUCUUAUGGACCCGGGGGGAAAACUGCCCAACGACCUGCAUGUGCCCAGAUCCUCACACUGUGGACUGCAGUGGUCGGGGGCUAACCCGUCUACCCAAUGAGAUCCCUUUGGAUGUGCGCAGGCUGUUGCUGGCUGACAACUUGAUACCCCGCAUCCCCUCUGACUUUCUGGCUCUGUACAGUGACUUGGUCUACCUGGACCUCCGGAACAACUCCCUCUCCCACAUAGAACAGGGGACUCUCAGCACCUCUUCCAGGCUGGUCUUUUUGGACCUAGGCAGCAACAAUCUGACUGAAAUCCCUAAGGGGACUUUUGGGGAGUCUCGGAGCCUGAUCAAACUACGGCUGGGCAACAACCCAUAUCUGAGCUUGGUGAAUGAGGACGCCUUCCUUGGCCUCACGUCUCUGAGAGAACUGGAACUGGAGCGUAAUGCACUGUCUACUCUACAUGUAGGGGCACUGAGUCAGUUGCCCUCCCUGCGGGCGGUGAGACUAGAGGGCAACCCCUGGGUGUGCAACUGCAACUUUGCCAGCCUGUUCGCAUGGCUGAUGGAGAACAGCCACAAGCUUCCAAACGGGGUGGAAGGCAUGGAGUGCUCCAUCCCCAUGGACGGCAGACGUGUGUCCCUGACACAGCUCUCCAAGGACAGUUUCCGUGAGUGCCAGGCCACCCUGACUCUAACAGACCUGCUCAUCAUCAUUUUCUCUGGCAUCUCAGUGUCGGUGGUGGCCAUCAUGACAAGCUUCUUCCUGGCUUCCACUGUUCAUUGCUUCCAACGCUGGAGUAAAGGCACCAAAGGGGAUGAGGAGGAGAGUGAGGAGUGAGAAGGGUUUCAUUCUGAGGGCCCUGUGUGGUCCUGGUACUUCAAACAAUGAGAGGACACCACAGACAGUGUGUGCUACAUGUGACAGGUUUCAUGCUGCCUCCUCCCUGGUGAAAAUCCAACGGUAGGAUCUUGCUCUGGUACAGUUGUUUUCUUCAGAUAUAAUAUAUGGUAACAAACGACAUUUCCAACCAAGGAGUCCCAAUAAAAAAUAGUGUGGGCCCUGCUCCACUUGCAAAAUUAUAUUAUAGAGAUCGUAUUUUUUUGGCUGUUGGAGCAUGUGGUCAUCUUUUAUGGCUGCUGGCUCUUGGCUCAAUGUUGUAGUGGGCCUACAUAAAUAAAGUGAGGCUUACACAUUUUAUAUUAUAGUAAAACAUAUAAAAGAAAAAAGCGUUGCCACAGCGCUGUCACAUUAGUAGUAGACAAGGCGAUACCUUUGCAAAAUGUAAUCACCUGAAAUCUUGUAAAGUUAGGGCAAACCUUUUUUUUAAUGGAGUUUAUCUGUGUAGGGCAGCAUUUGUGAUCCCAUUAAGAAACAAUGUCAUACCGACCAAUGACCUCAGUAAUUAACUGCCUAUACCAUGAUAUGCUGGCGUAUCCUGCCGUUGACCUUGUCUUUUGUUGGACAGCCUCACUCACAUUCAAAUGUGACUCACGUGUCGCUACUAUUGGCGAAUACUUGUUCCUUCUGCACGUGAAAUUAGACCGUGGCCAAGGGUGUCAGUCAAACAGAAAGGGUUUGGACACUGGCGAGGUGUUUCUGUAGGUAGCUGAUGUAUCGUAGGCAGGAAGAAUUUCCAGUGGGUCUACACAUUAUUCUAGCAGUAUAUUCAUUAUAUAAUCACAAAUUGAUGUGCAAUAGAAAACACUGUAAAGUCAAACAAAUAUAAAUCAAGAGGAUGUACUAUAUGCUCCUUAGAAUUGAUUACUGUGACCUGUGUAGAAAGAUGAAAUAACAUUAUAAUCUUGAUGCGGUAUUAAAAUAGAAUCUACGUAGAACUACUGUGUCAAAUAACGCACUUUAUAUGGCAAAGCUAAUUUUUGGCAAGGAUCUAAUUAUACUAUGUAGACUGGUUUUGUCUUUAUCUGCCAAAGAUUAGGUGAAGGAGAGAUUGCAUAUGGGCUUUGUUGUGGAUGAUGUGUUAUUUAGUGAGGUAGGGAUAGCUACUUAAAAGCAGGCGGCACUAUUGCCAAAUCAUGCUUUGUAUACUAUACUUUAACAGUUACGGUCUCCAAAGAUAAUCAUUUUCCUCCAGAAACAGCUGUCCUACAUUGCUUCAUACAUGGCAGUCUUUAACCUCUGUUUUCACAGUCCCUUCAGAACAAAAAGGUAUUCACUGACCAAGAGGUCUGUCUCUCACAUUGAUGUUAUGUUCAAGAUAACCUGAAUUAAUACAUCAUGGACUCUCAGUUAGCUUUUUCUUCUUUUCCUAAACAUUUUCCAAUGUAUUAUAGCAAAGCUGCUGAUUUAGUAUCCUGGAAAAGUUGCACACCAAAAUGUAUUGUAUCGACAGAAUCUGCAUUGAGUGACAGUAGUCAAAUUCAAAUUGAAUGAAGUAGCACCCUGAAUAUCAUGGGUUUCUCUUUGUUACUUGAAUCCUGUGUGUUAAAUCCUCUGUUAGCAUUAGGAAUGCUUAAAACUGGAGUAUUAUAAUUAUUAAAAAAAUUGGUAUUUUCCCCAGAGCUAAGUUAUGUUGCUUUGCUUCUCUCAUUCUUGUAAGGCAUGAAUAAUGCAGCAAAAUUGAGAUAUGAACCAGAACAAAAUGUCAAGCUUUUAAAUGCAGACAAGCAGAGGAUAGAAAACGAGACAUGAGGAAAUAGUUAUAAUUUCUUUGUGGUUGAUUAAAGAAAAAAGAAUAGCAAAUGCCUGUAUCCCUUAAGAACAAGUAAUGACCCUGCAUGUGCAGCAUUGGUAAGCACAUUUUUGCAGCACUGAAAAGAAAUAAACAUAGCCUUAGUUAUUCAUUUUUGUCGUUUUUUUUUCAUUUGCAUUAGCAUCAGUAAAAGCACAAAGAUUUCACAGGAAACGUAUGUGAUUCUAGUACCAUCCUGUAUUGUCACAGUAUGUUUUGAUUUAUGUGUAUUGUCACGUUAUGUUAUAAAAUGCCACAUCCUUAUAAAUAGUGUAAGAUUUGUAUUGUA